AUGCUGCUGCCGCCUGCGCUGCGCGCCCGUCUGGCUGGCGGGCCUGGGGCGGCCGAGCCGCUGCCCGUGGAGCGGGACCCCGCGGCGGGCGCCUCUCCGUUCUGCUUUGCGGCGCGCCAGGAGCGCUUCCCGCGGGAGCACGAGUUCUUCGAGGAAGGGGAUGUGCAGCGGCACCUGUACCUCCAGGAUGUGCUCACGCAGGUGGCCGAGGUGCCGGACAGGCCCAGGGUGCCGGAGUUCACCUGCCAGGUGGCCGGCUGCUGCCAGGUGUUCGACACGCUGGAGUGCUACGAGCACCACUACCACACGCUGCACAGGAACGUGUGCGCCUUCUGCCAGCGGGCCUUCCCCUCCGGACACCUGCUGGACGCCCACGUGCUGGAGUGGCACGACUCGCUCUUCCAGGUCCUGUCCGAGAGGCAGGACAUGUACCAGUGCCUGGUGGAGGGCUGCCCGGAGAGGUUCAAGACCAGCGAGGCCCGGAAGGACCACCUGGUGAGGGUUCACCUGUACCCUGCAGACUUCCGCUUUGAUAAAGCAAAGAAAAGCAGAGGCCCAGCCAUGCCAGGGGCCAGAGUGAGCACGUCUGCAGGAGCCCCGCGGGAUGACGGGGAGCAGUCAGAAGGGGACGCCAUGGAGGUCGGCGCUGAGCCUGGGGCAGCCCCGGCAGCACCCUCGGCGGAGCGGAGGGCCUCGGGUCGCAGGGUUCCCCCCACCAUCUGCUUUGGCCAGGGCGCAUCCCGCGGGUUUAGAAGCACCACGAGAAGAGGCAAGCACCAGUGAUGGGGCCGGCAGAGGCCCCCCAGGCCGGGGCAGGCUGGCCCCUGUGGCAGGUGUGGUGGGCGGGGCCUGCUGUCCUGGGCUGGGGCCCUGCCCAGUGAGGGCAGAGCUGUUGCCAGAGCAGUGAGGCACCUGCAGGUUCUAGAAACCACGUGGGUGCCCUCUCCAAACAUGUGCAAUGACUUCUUCA